AUGGCGCUCAGGGCGAGGGGGAUGCACCUGAGGCUCGCUUUCCCUGCCUGGGGACUCUUGUUUUUGGCCCUUUGGAUGCUACCGCGGGUCUUGGGGAUGGAAGAGAACCCAGAGCACAAUAACCACGGAAAUGAGGGCUUCCAGAUUGUCACCUUCAAAUGGGAUCACGUCCAGGACCCCUACAUCAUCGCACUUUGGAUUCUCGUAGCUAGCUUGGCCAAGAUUGUUUUCCACCUGUCUCACAAAGUCACCAGCGUUGUUCCAGAAAGUGCUUUGCUCAUUGUUCUUGGCCUUAUCCUGGGAGGGAUUGUGUGGGCUGCAGACCACAUUGCUUCCUUCACCCUCACGCCAACAUUAUUCUUCUUCUACCUGCUGCCACCCAUUGUAUUAGAUGCUGGGUAUUUUAUGCCAAACCGCCUGUUCUUUGGAAAUCUCGGGACCAUCCUUUUAUACGCUGUUAUUGGAACUGUGUGGAAUGCUGCUACAACUGGCUUAUCACUAUAUGGUGUCUACCUCAGUGGCAUCAUGGGAGAGCUCCGUAUUGGAUUGCUGGAUUUCCUCUUGUUUGGCAGUUUGAUAGCUGCAGUGGACCCUGUGGCUGUCCUGGCUGUUUUUGAAGAAGUCCAUGUCAAUGAAGUCCUGUUUAUCAUCGUUUUUGGGGAGUCACUGCUGAAUGAUGCUGUCACCGUGGUCCUGUAUAAUGUUUUUGACUCUUUUGUGUCACUGGGUGCUGACAAAGUGACAGGAGUGGACUGUGUGAAAGGCAUAGUGUCUUUCUUUGUGGUGAGCAUGGGAGGCACACUCAUUGGAGUUAUCUUCGCCUUCCUUCUCUCUCUGGUGACUCGUUUCACCAAACAUGUCCGGAUCAUUGAGCCAGGAUUUGUGUUCAUCAUCUCCUACCUGUCCUACCUCACCUCUGAGAUGCUUUCCCUCUCAGCCAUUCUUGCGAUUACUUUCUGUGGCAUGUGCUGUCAAAAAUAUGUGAAGGCUAAUAUUUCUGAGCAGUCAGCCACCACGGUGAGGUAUACCAUGAAGAUGCUGGCAAGUGGGGCUGAAACGAUCAUUUUUAUGUUCCUGGGAAUCUCUGCCGUAGAUCCGUACAUCUGGACUUGGAACACAGCAUUCAUACUCCUAACGUUAGUCUUCAUUUCUGUCUACAGAGUCAUUGGUGUGGUCUUACAAACAUGGCUUCUGAACAAGUAUCGGAUGGUCCAGCUAGAGAUAAUAGACCAAGUGGUCAUGUCGUACGGGGGACUCCGGGGGGCCGUUGCUUAUGCCCUGGUCGUGCUUUUGGAUGAAAACAAAGUGAAGGAAAAAAACCUCUUUGUGAGCACCACCAUCAUUGUGGUGUUCUUUACCGUCAUAUUCCAGGGUCUGACCAUCAAACCCCUGGUACAAUGGCUGAAGGUGAAGAAGAGUGAGCACCGAGAACCCAAGCUCAAUGAAAAGCUUCAUGGCAGAGCUUUCGAUCAUAUUCUCUCUGCCAUUGAAGAUAUAUCUGGACAAAUAGGACACAAUUACUUAAGAGACAAGUGGUCCAAUUUCGAUAGAAAAGUCCUAAGUAAAUUACUGAUGAGAAGAUCAGCCCAAAAGUCCAGAGACCGGAUUCUGAAUGUUUUCCAUGAGCUCAACCUGAAGGAUGCUAUUAGCUAUGUGGCUGAGGGAGAGAGAAGAGGGUCUCUGGCAUUCAUCCGUUCACCAAGUACUGACAACAUUGUCAAUGUGGACUUCAGCACACCUCGUCCAUCUACCGUAGAAGCCUCAGUCUCCUACUUAUUGAGAGAAAAUGUCAGCACCGUUUGCCUGGACAUGCAGGCUCUAGAGCAGAGGAGAAGGAGUAUUCGGGAUACAGAGGACACUGUCACUCACCAUACACUGCAACAAUAUCUCUAUAAACCCAGACAAGAGUAUAAACAUCUUUACAGCCGGCAUGAGUUAACAUCAAAUGAAGAUGAAAAACAAGACAAAGAAAUUUUCCAUAGAACAAUGAGGAAGCGCUUAGAGUCCUUCAAAUCUACCAAACUUGGAAUAAAUCAAACCAAAAAGACUGCCAAACUCUACAAAAGAGAGCGCGGCCAGAAGAGGAGAAACAGUAGCAUACCAAAUGGAAAAAUACCAAUGGAAAGCCCAACUCAUGAUUUUGCUUUUAAGGAGAAAGAACUGGAAUUUUCAGACCCCGAAGAGACUAAUGAGUAUGAAGUUGAGCCAAUGAGUGGAGGGAUUGAAUUUCUAGCCAGUGUUACUCAAGACACAGCCACAGAUUCAACAACAGGGAUUGAUAACCCAGUUUUUUCAACGGAAGAGGAGCAGAGCAUCUUUACAAAGGUGCCACCAUGGUUGUCUUCUGAGGAGACAGUGGUGCCAUCGCAAAGGGCACGAGUGCAGAUUCCAUACUCUCCCAGCAACUUCAGGCGUCUGACACCAAUACGGCUCAGCGCUAAGUCAGUCGAUUCCUUUUUGCUAGCUGACAGUCCAGAGGAGCAGUCUUCGUCUUUCCUGCCAGAAUCUACACAUAUGUAA